AUGUACCGAGAUUACGGCCUGGCGCAAACUCCGUUUAUUGAUAAGUUAGAGACUCUUAAUCAAGCAACAAUUCCAGAAAUACCUGUGUACAAACCUACGGUUGCAGAAUUUGAAGACUUCAGCAAAUGUAUUUCCAUGAUAGAGUCCCUCGGUGCUCAUCAUGUAGGGCUUUGCAAAGUAAUACCACCUUCAAAUUGGGUUGGGCGUCGCAAAGGUUAUGAUAAUAUUGACGAAUGUCUGGUAGAAAAACCUAUAUGUCAAAGCACAUAUGGUGGACGUGGUAUAUAUUUUCAGGAUAUUUCACCCAGAAAAAGUCUCAAAUUCAGUGACUUUAAAAAUAUUGCUUUAUCAAGUAUAUAUUGCACCCCUAAGUACAGGGACUACGAUCACCUUGAAAGAAAAUACUGGUCGUCGAUAGGCACAAGUCGUCCACUGUAUGGGGCUAAUGUCAGUGGAACUUUGAUGGACAUUGACCAGCAUAUUUGGAACAUUGCAAAACUCGACUCAGUACUAAGUCGGGUUUUCGAAGAAGAGGGUGUACAAAUACCAGGUGUGAAUACUCCAUAUUUGUAUUAUGGAAUGUGGCGAUCUACGUUUCCGUGGCAUGUUGAAGAUGUAGACUUAUACUCUAUAAACUACCUGCAUUACGGUCUUCCAAAGUGCUGGUACGUCAUACCUCCAGCUUUUGCGCGUAAAUUUGAAUCCUUUGUUUCCGAAUAUUUUAGGUCGGAAUUCUUGAAAUGUCAUUGUUUCUUAAGGCAUAAAUGCGUUUUAAUUAGUCCCACAGUUCUUUCCCAAUCUGGAAUCCCAACUAAGAAAAUUUUACAACACGAAGGUGAAUUUAUGA